GCGCGGCCGGAGCGAACCCGGAUGGCUCCGCGCACGUGGUGCCGCGGCCGGGAGGGGGCGCCGGGGAGCGGGCGGCGCGGCGGGAGACGGGCGCCUCGGCGCGGCGGGCGGUCCGGGCCUGAGGGGACGCGGGGCCCCCGACCCGCCGACCCAGCCGCGGCCAUGGACAGCUUCCAGAAGGUGGAGAAGAUCGGCGAGGGCACCUACGGGGUGGUGUACAAGGCCCGGCACCGGGACACGGGCCAGCUCGUGGCGCUCAAGAAGAUCCGGCUGGACCUGGAGACCGAGGGGGUCCCCAGCACCGCCAUCCGGGAGAUCUCCCUGCUCAAGGAGCUCAAGCACCCCAACAUCGUCAGGCUGCUGGACGUGGUGCACAGCGAGAAGAAGCUGUACCUGGUGUUUGAGUUCCUCAGCCAGGACCUGAAGAAGUUCAUGGACGCCACCCCGGUGUCCGAGCUCCCGCUGCACUUGGUCAAGAGCUACCUCUUCCAGCUGCUGCAGGGGGUGAACUUCUGCCACGCGCACCGGGUCAUCCACCGCGACCUGAAGCCCCAGAACCUGCUCAUCAACGAGCUGGGCGCCAUCAAGCUGGCGGACUUCGGGCUGGCGCGGGCCUUCGGGGUGCCCCUGCGCACCUACACCCACGAGGUGGUGACGCUCUGGUAUCGCGCCCCCGAGAUCCUCCUGGGCUGCAAGUUCUACUCGACAGCGGUGGACAUCUGGAGCAUCGGCUGCAUCUUCGCGGAGAUGGUGACCUGCAAAGCUCUGUUCCCUGGAGACUCUGAGAUCGACCAGCUCUUUCGCAUCUUUCGGACGCUGGGGACGCCCAGCGAAGCCACGUGGCCGGGAGUCACCCAGCUGCCUGACUAUAAGGGCAGCUUCCCCAAGUGGACCCGGAAGGGGUUGGAGGAUGUGGUGCCCAAUCUGGAGCCAGAGGGCAAGGACCUGCUCCAGCAACUCCUGCAGUACGACCCCAGCCAGCGGAUCUCGGCCAAAGGCGCCCUGGCCCAUCCGUACUUCUCGUCCAUGGAGACCUCCCUGGCCCCCCACCAGUGUAUGCUGGAGCGCUUCUGCCGCUGAGGAUGCGGGAGGCCACCGCCUCAGAGCCUCUCUCCACCUGCCGCCCCGCUGCCUCCUCACCGGCUCCCCAAGAAGGGGGACAUGUCUGGGGAGAGGGCAAAGCUCUAAGGAAUUUGCAUCAGCCGCCAGAGGGCUGAGUUUGGGUUCGUCCUGCCAACAAGUUAGCGAGUUCCUGUGUUGUUUGUUGGGUUCGACGGUGCCGUUUCCAGACGGGGGCACAGAAGCUCCGUGUGCGAGGGGGUAUGAUAGGCCCUGGGUCUCCUGGCACGGGGGCAGCAGGCCAAGGAAAGCAGGAAGCCUGGCCCGCCAAUGCUGCUGUGCGCAAGGUGCUCCUCCGCCCUUCACCGGCCCAGCCCUCGCUGCAGGGCCAGACCCUGAGGGGAAGGGCGCCCUCUGCUGGUCUUUUGGAUUUAAAAUGUUUGGGGGAAGAGUUGAGUCCCAAGUUUAACAGGAAGGAGGGUGCGGGAGAGGGGACGUUUCCUGGUACCGGUGUGUGUGGCUGUUCUAAGUAGUUGUCACCUAGGAUAUGUGUACAUUUGUUUGCUUCUGCAUUGAAGAGCAGGAAAUAAAAGUGAUGCUCUGAG